UGCUAUAAGAACUCUUGGCUUGAGUCGCUUCUCGCAGAAAGGAGUGAAACCUUGUGGGGCGCUGCAGUCUGUUUCGUUGGGUUUUUAACAUUUUUCCUAGGAGCAGGCAACUUUUACGCAGGCAGUGUUCUCUACAACGAACUGGUAAAACCUCCUUGCCAUUCCAACGCGACAACUGCAGACGUGCGCAAUAUUACGGAAUUCGCAAAUUGUUCUCAUCAGCUCCGUGAUCACGAGGGAGCGCCAAGGAAGGGAGACUGUCAACGCAAGAACAUCAGUGGGUCAAUAGCAUGUGGUGGUUUCGGUCAAAGUCGUGGAAUUACAGCGUGGGUCAAUUCCGUACAAUUGGGUUCUAUGGAUCUCAUUUCUCCAUUUACUGGUGUUGCAGUUGAUCGGUUCGGCUGUAGAAUAGUGGCUUUCUCGGGAGGACUUACAAUCAUUGCUUCAGUUUUCUCAGCUUCGUUGGCACAGUCUUUACCGGUCUUUAUCUUCUUAUAUGGAGUGGGUACAGGUUGUGGAGUGGGGUUGAUGUACUCUCCUGCAGUCAUCAUCAUUGCAAAAUAUUUCAAGAGGAGGCAUUCUGUCGCUAAUGGUAUUGUGGUGUCAGGAGCUGGGUUUGGGAUCUUAUCCUUAGGGCCAAUAUCUCAUACUAUCAUUAAUUUAUUUGGCUGGAGAGGAUACUUACGAAUAUAUGGAGCCAUGGUCGUAUGCUUGACUCUACUAACACUCCUAUAUAGACCAUAUGAUGAUUUUCAUAAAUAUAACUCUCAAAAUGACAUCAAUUCUAAUGUCAAGUCGAUUGAAAUGUUACUUGAUAAUGAAAGAACGACAAAUGAAGACUUCAACAAUAGCAGUAAAGAGAGUGAUGAGUUACACUCGGAGAAGAAAACAAAGAAAAAGCUAGUGGAUUGGACAAUUUGGAAAAGUGCCCCUUUUAUAGUGUAUGUUGGAUCGAUCAUUCUUGUUGCAUUAGGAUUUUCUGUUCCCAUGAUACAUUUGGUACGAUUUGCCAGAGACCUCAACAUUUCUAGUUCAGAUGCCUCUUUAUUGGUGACCUACGAAGGAAUAGGAGCUGUUCUCGGUCGUCUAUCGUUUGGUCUCUUUGCAACAAUCAAAAGCUUGAAGCCAACAAUAUUGUACUAUGUAGGUGUCAUCAUGACUGGAGUACCAAUGUUUAUUGCUGCCCAAAUCACAACUUAUGCAGAACUUUCUGUGUACAUUGUAUCGUAUGGAUACUUCUUAGGAGCCAUAGUGUCUCUCCAAGCUGUUGUCUUACGCCAACUGGUAGGAAACGACAAAUUGGCUCAAGCCCUUGGUUGGAGCAUGGGUCUCAUGGCACCAGUUGUUGUGAUUGGUGGACCAAUAGCAGGUUUCCUUCAUGACUCAACUGGAAGCUAUAAGUGGGGUUUCUACUUUGGUGGAAUUUCCAUAAUAUUUGCAGCCAUAGUGAUGUCAUUCUUGCCAUGCGCUCUGCGCUACGAUGCUCAGAAAAAUUCAAAUCAUCAAGUGAUAGUUAGAAUUGAGGAACCUGCAGCAAAUAAUGAAAGUGGACUUGCAUUAAAAAGUACUAAUUUGACCAAUGAGGAAGACAAGCUUAACGAAGAAAAUACUGAAUUGUAAUUUACGUAUUUGAUUUGUAACUGGUUACGUGUAAGGUGUGCUACUAUACAAACAUCAACACAAUUUGGUUUGAUUUCCUAUAACCGAUUGGGUAUGGGAAAGAGCAGCUAUGCUGCAAUACGUAGAUACUGCAACUAUGUACAAUGUAGCAACAGCAAAAUAUCAGUCAGUUAUGGAUGUCCCAUCUAG